AUGAAAACACUCAUCGUCCCAACAUUAAUCUUAUGCCUCUCCAUAGCCAUAUUAUCCGAAGGUCAACCUCUCCCAUUUCAGAUGCAACUUGAUCGAUGGGAAAUGCUGCUACCGAGUAUUGGUAUAUCCGCCAUGCACAUGCAACUCCUCCACAACGGCAUGGUUAUAAUGUUCGACCGCACUGAUUUCGGCAUCUCGAAUAUAUCUCUACCUGGAGGCAUGUGUCGAUUCGAUCCUAGUGACACCGCUAUCAAGUUCGAUUGCUCCGCACAUUCUGUUCUAUACGACGUUGUCUCCAACACAUACCGAGCGUUGAAAGUCCAAACCGAUACAUGGUGUUCUUCUGGUUCGGUUCUUCCCAACGGGACGUUGGUUCAAACUGGUGGAUACAACGAUGGUGAGCGUGCGGCUCGAAUGUUUACCCCGUGCGGCUUUAGUGAAACAUGUGACUGGAUUGAGUUUCCUCAGUAUCUAGCUCAACGUAGAUGGUAUGCGACCAACCAAAUUUUACCGGAUGGGCGGAUAAUUGUGGUCGGGGGAAGAAGACAAUUCAACUUUGAAAUUUUCCCCCGACCGGAUUAUCAUCGGUAUAAAGGAGCUAGAUUCGAGUUUCUUAGAGAAACUUCGGAUGCGAGUAACGAGAACAACUUAUAUCCGUUCCUACAUCUUUUACCGGAUGGAAACUUAUUUGUCUUCGCUAACACAAGAUCGAUUGUGUUUGAUUACAAAACAAACAGAAUCGUGAAAGAGUUUCCAGAGAUUCCAGGUGGUGAUCCAAGAAACUACCCUAGCAGUGGCUCUUCCGUACUCUUUCCAUUAGAUGAAACCAAUAAUAUUUUGGAGCUUGAGAUCAUGGUUUGUGGAGGCGCUCCUAAAGAAGCCUUCCAACGUGCGUAUAGAAACCGCGGAUUCGAACGUGCCACUUCAACGUGCGGGAGGCUAAAGCUUACCGAUCCAAAUCCAAGUUGGGAAAUGGAAACCAUGCCGUUGCCACGUGUCAUGGGUGACAUGCUGCUUUUACCAACAGGUAACGUCAUCAUUGUAAACGGUGCAGAAGCUGGUACGGCCGGGUGGGAGAACGCACGUGACCCGGUGACUCGACCGGUUAUAUAUCACCCGUUUGAUCACCGGUUCUCAGUUAUGUCUAUGUCAUCACGUCCUAGGAUGUACCAUUCCUCGGCAGUUUUAUUACCCGACGGUAGGGUUUUAAUUGGUGGAAGUAAUCCUCACGUUUAUUACAACUUUACCAACGUCGAGUAUCCAACGGAGUUAAGCCUCGAGGCUUACUCUCCUCCUUAUCUAUCUUUCACAUACGAUACAACAAGACCGAAAAUAUUGACCAGUGACAAAGUUCUGAGUUACACGAGAAUGUUCAACGUUAAUAUCUCCAUACCACAGUUUCUGACCAUUGAUCUUCUCUCUGUGAGGAUAGUUGCACCUUCGUUCACUACGCACUCAUUGGCGAUGAAUCAGAGGCUGGUGAUCUUAAAGUUACUCUCUGUGACGCGUGAUGGGCUAACAAAUACGUAUAGAAUCAAUGCGUUGGGUCCAUCAACGGCUGAGAUUGCUCCUCCAGGAUACUAUAUGAUGUUUGUGGUUCAUGCAGGCAUACCAAGCUCAGGUGCUUGGGUACAAAUUGAGUGA